GGACUAACGUGUCUUGUGAAGACGACAUGGACGGCAUAGUUCCCCGAGGCGUUGUAUAAGGACUAACGUGUCUUGUGAAGACGACAUGAACGGCAUAGUUCCCCGAGGCGUGAUAUAAGGACUAACGUGUCUUGUGAAGACGACAUGGACGGCAUAGUUCCCCGAGGCGUGAUAUAAGGACUAACGUGACUUGUGAAGACGAUAUCGUGGGCAUAGUUCCCUGUGGCGACAUCAACGGCAUAGUUCCCCGAGGCGUUGUAUAAGGACUAACGUGACUUGUGAAGACGACAUCAACGGCAUAGUUCCCCGAGGCGACAUCGACGGCAUAGUUCCCCGAGGCGACAUCGACGGCAUAGUUCCCAGUGGCCUGAUAUAAGUACUAACGUAAUUGUGAACUUAAUGCUGACGAAUUUAGGAAAAUGAUACUUUCAUGCAGUUUCCCUGGAAAUUCUCGACGAUAAAUUUACAUAUUUCGAGAAAGAAGUUUAAAUAUUGUGUAUUUUACUCAUAUUGCAAGAUGUUCCGUUAAUGAUGAAUCAAGCCCCUUCAUACCAACUGCAAUCAAUUAUCCUUCAGCGAUAUCUCAGGAACAAAGUACCUUGUAACGGUUUAGACCACCAUGUAGGCCUCAAUUGUAUACAACCAUAAGAACAUUCCUCAGUGCCAGAAAACAGAGCCGGCUAUUGGUGGAUGUGACCGUUAUCUGCAGUCGAAGUGACCUACAACACAGGGACAUUUCUCACAAAGGCCACAUCAGUGACGGCAAGCACUGAAGAUACGUGAUCUACAUUUCUCUCAAGGUCACACAGACCAAACACAGAUCGCUGGUUUCAUUUCAUUGGGUUCCAAGUCACGGCUGUGCGUGAGCCUCCACGAAGAGAAGCUGAGAAGCAGCAACUGCAACCUCGUCGUCAGGGAGGAUGACAAGUAUGUCUGGAGACAACCUUCUUUCAGCGCGGGGCUACAAGGCAAUGCAGGUCCACAGCCCCCUGGUCCAGUACAGUCAGCUUGUCAGCAACGAUGCCUACGACAAGGACACAAACUCUGAGGGUUUCAUUGACAUUGGCACUGCCGAGAACAAGCUACUGGAAGACGUGGUCCUCCCUAAGCUGGGGUCUUUGUCGGAGGGCAAGGAAGACUCAGUGCAGAUGUAUUAUCCAAACCUGAAGGGCUUGCUUAGUUUCAGGAAGCAGUUGAAGUAUUUCUUUGAGGAACGAUUUCAUCCUAUUUAUGAGAUAGAUCCAGAAGAGCUUGUGGUAUCAAGUGGCACAACUUCAAUUCUCGAGACGCUUGCAUUUGCCAUUGCUGAACAGGGCGACUGCAUCCUUGUGCCGACCCCCCAUUAUUAUCGUAUAACGAACGACUUCAUGGAGCGGGCUGAAGUGGAGUGUCUGCCUGUACCCCUACUCAGCCAGGACAAGUUCCACCUGUCGGGAGAAAAACUGGAGGCAGCCUACAAUAAAGCUAUUAAUGAGGGACGCACGGUGCGAGGUGUGCUGCUCAUCAAUCCACACAACCCACUCGGCGAUGUCUACACGCAGCAGCAACUCAUGGACUGUUUGAAGGUGGCACAAAGUCAUGACUUGCACGUCAUCAUGGACGAGAUUUACGCGCUAUCUGUGUUCGACGAAACUGCAACCUUCAACAGCGUCAUGACCCUUCCUGUACCUGACAUCAUGAAGACACACAUUGUCUGGGGAUUUAGUAAGGACCUUGGCCUCUCUGGGUACAGAUGUGGUGUCCUACAUACAAGGAACCAGCACAUCCUCCAGUAUGCAGAAAAAGUGGGGAUUUUCCAGCAGGCAGCUGCUCCGGUACAACUAAAGCUGCAGGAACUUAUCAAAGACAAAGAAUGGCUUGACGACAUCUACUUCCCUACGUACAAGCAACGUCUGACCGACAGCGUGACCUAUGUCACUGGACGACUGGCAAAGUUAGGGGUCACAGUUCAUCCAAGCAAGGCUGGCUUCUUUGCCUGGGCAGACAUGUCGAAGUAUCUGGCUGCUCCAACCUUCGAGGCAGAGGACCAACUCCAGGCUCGCUUUAUCAGUGGAAAAGUCUACAUCCUCGGAGGGCGCUCUUCAUACGGCUCGGAGCCAGGCUGGUUCAGGAUUGUGGUCUCAAAUCAGAUGACAAUACUCCAGUUAGGGAUGGACAAGGUGGAGGCAGUGUUAAGAGGCACGCUGGAGCUGUAAGAGAUUCACGAGGGAUGGUGGAGCAGUAAGCUAUGGGGAACAAGGAAGCAGAAGCCAAUCCCCCAAGUCAAAUUGAUAAUGUCAUGUUAGUCCAUCAUAAUAGCAUUGUAUACAAAGUUAAUCGGUGUUACUGUAUUUUGACAGUUCUGUAACAAAAUAAACUCUAUAUUCAUUUUGA